AUGUUGUCGACAUCAAUUGAUCUUCAUAAUAAUAGUAAUACACGAUCAUUAAGAAUUGUUUCAACAAAUCGACUCUUUACUAAAGUUAGAACCGAACAAUCAACUGAAUCAAUAUUACCAUCGAUAAUUGAUUCAACAAAUUUAUUUUCUGAUCAUCAUCUUGAUGUAUUUUCAAAGGAUGAAUCAAUGCUUGAUGAAACAACAAUGAUACCAACAUCACCAUCAUCACCAUCAACAUCAUUUGUUGAUUUUCAUCAUAAUUUAUCAACAUCAACAUCAACACCAUCAACACCAACAUCAUUUUCACCAUUACAACAUGAUCAUAGUUAUGGUUUAUCAACAAAUUCAUCAUCAUUACUUCCAUCACCAACAUCAUCUGAUAUAUUAACAUCACCAGAUAUAACAAUUAAUAAUACAACAACAAUAAAUUCAUCGAAUCGUUUAACAUGGCCACAAAUUAAUUGUCGAGCAUUAAAACCAGACGAUUAUCAUAUGUUACUUGAAUUAUUAUCAUCAAAUACAAGUAAUGAUACACCACCAAUUUGUUUUGGUUCAGCACUUAUUGAUCCAUCAACACUAACACCAUAUUCUGAUGCAACACGUACACAACCAAAAAAACGGGUACGCCCUGGUCAUGUUAAACGUCCAAUGAAUGCAUUUAUGGUUUUUUCACAAUUUGAACGUCGAAAAAUUGUUCAACUUGCACCACAUUUACCUAAUGCUGAUAUAAGCAAAUGUUGUGGUGCUAAAUGGAAACGAAUGUCGUUACGUGAACGACAACCAUAUAUGGAAGAAUCAGAACGAUUAAAACAACUUCAUGCACGACAAUAUCCAACUUAUAAAUAUCAACCAAGAAAGAGAAGUAAAGCCAGUCAAUCAUUAAAUGUACCAGCUCGACCGCCAGCAGCUACUGCUUCAUCAUCAUCUUCACCGCCUUCAUCAACAACUUUAACUACAGUUCCUUUACAAUCUUCUAUUGUUAUGAAAGAUCAACCAGAAACACCUCCACCAUAUUUACCGCAAUCAUCAUCAGGAUCAAAUCCAAAUGAUCCAAUAUCACGUUUAGUUGCAACAUUAUUUGAUCAAAAAUUAGCUAUGUUCGCUGGUAAUUUUCAACAAUUCAAUAUUGAUCAUCUACAAUAUCAUUUUACACCACCAAAUACACAAAUUUAUCCAACAUCAACAUCAAUGCAUUUUGAUCCUGUAAUAUUUCUUGCUAAACAGCAAGAACAUCGACUUGUUUAA